AUGUUCCUCUCCGUUUUGCGUCGCAGCGAAGCCGUUCCGGCCCUGAAGCCGUUGUUCGAUCGUGUGUUUGUUCGUCGAAUGGCGCCAAAGUCGCAGACAGCCGGUGGUAUCAUGUUGCCAGAGUCCCAAACUGAUCAAUUCCACGAUGGUAUUAUUGUAGCCGUUGGUAGAGGCGCCAGAAGCGAGUCAGGUAAAUUGUUUGUUUCUUUGAUUGUUGUGGUAUAUGUUUAUUUCUACGACAAUUGUGACCAGGGGCGGGCGUCCAAAUUUUUUGCGAAAAUUUUUUUCCAAAAAUCCACAGGGGGGACCACGUUCAAAUUUUUCGAAAAUUUUUUUCUGGGGGGGGGGUACCCCUCGCGCCCGGCCCUGAUUGUGACCUAAAAUAAAAUGUUUUAAUAAAAAAACCCUUAGAAUACUUAAUUACAGCACAUUUUAUAUUUUGAUGUUUCUAUACACUUUUCGACCUCACAAGACAGUUUUUUUUAUUUUGACAUUUUGCAGUGUAAUAUGUCGGUUGUUUGUUACACGUGCAUAUGUCAUGAACAUAAAUAAUGUGCUGAAUUUUAUUUUCCAAAGUAAUCUAAUUACUCCGAAGGUGCUGAGCAGUAGUCGUUUAACAGUAUUUUUGGAUGUUAAUGUGGCCUUCCUUUUAAUAUCUUGUUUUAUAUUGCCAAUUUUACUGUAAAGUUAAAUAAUAUUUUUAAUUUUUAUGGUUUUGCUGUGGCAAUAUAUAACUUUAUGUUAUCUUAGUUUUUAUGUUUUUUUUGGUCGAAAAGCUUGAAAAAUGCUAUUUAAAACUGUUGUAAAUAUGUUUAAAGUUUAUUUUUUACGUUUUUCCAGCUUUUUGAUGUAUAUGUUAUGUUCUAUAUGUACUUAACCGUCUUCUUGUUUUAGGUAAUGUGAUUCCGAACCAGCUGAAGGCCGGCGACCGAGUGAUUCUGCCUCUUCACGGCGGUCAGAAAGUAAAGUUAGAUGGUCAGCAACUGUUCGUCUACAAGGAGUCCGAGAUUGUGGCUGUAAUCGAGUAA